CAGGUGAUCGGAGCCCUCGUCCUCGCCAUUGGGAUUUAUGCAGAAGUUGAAAGACAGAAGUACAAAACUCUGGAAAGUGCCUUUCUAGCCCCAGCAAUUAUUUUAAUACUUUUGGGCAUUAUAAUGUUCCUGGUAUCCUUUGUGGGUGUCCUGGCUUCUUUAAGAGACAAUUUAUGCCUUCUUCAAGCAUUCAUGUACAUUCUUGGUAUCUGCUUGCUGAUUGAGCUGACAGGUGGAGUGGUGGCCCUGAUCUUCAGAAACCAGACAAUCCAAUUUUUGAACGAUAAUAUAAGAAGAGGAAUUGAGAAUUACUACGAUGAUUUAGACUUCAAGAAUAUCAUGGAUUCUGUUCAAAAGCAGUUUAAGUGCUGCGGUGGGGAAGAUUACAGAGAUUGGUCCCAAAACGUGUAUCACAACUGUGCGGCGCCGGGACCGCUGGCCUGCGGGGUGCCCUACACUUGCUGCGUCAAAAACAAGACAGACAUUAUCAACACUAUGUGUGGGUACAAAACCAUCGACAAAGAGCGCCUGAGCGUUCAGCAUGUUAUCUAUGUCCGCGGAUGCACGAAUGCAGUGCUCAUCUGGUUUUUGGACAACUACAGCAUCAUGGCUGGCGUGCUGCUUGGCAUACUGCUGCCCCAGUUCCUGGGAGUGCUGUUGUCCUUGCUGUACAUAACGCGGGUGGAAGAUAUCAUCACCGAGCACAAGCUGAGUGAAAGACUCUUUGAAGAAUCAGAGCAGAGAUCUGCCCCCGAGUUUGCUGGAGCUGGCUGCUGCAUGUGUUACCCAGGGUGA